AUUGGACCCCGAGUCCCCACGUGCACAGCAGAGUACGGGGCCAGCCGCCCCCAUUCACACAUUUGGGCGGAUUUUCUCGCCGGGUGUAAACGCGGAGGUGGCCCGGGCCAUGGACUCGGAGCUGGGCAUCCGGGACUACGGGGUCCUGCGCGCCUGCGUCGGGGACGGCCUCGUGCGGGCCGAGCUGCUGGCCACGGCGCGCGACCGCCUGCCCUUUGGCUUCUACGCCGUGCUGCGGCAGGUGGUGAAGGCCCUGCAGGGCGCUGAGCUCCAUAACGCUGGGAUGCCGCACUCAGAUGAUGUCGCCGCCUCCUCCGCCUCUCCUGGCGACGUGACGCUGGAAGGCCUGGUGGACGUGCUGCUUGCGCUGUUCAGCGGCUUGAGCAGUGAGCUGCUGAUGUCCGUGAAAAGACUCGGAGCCAUGGAUGGACUUAAGUAUGAAAUGCCUUCAUCUGGUGAUGCAGUCGGUAAUGAAAUGAUGAUGGCUGAAAUGGAUCGCCCAAUGGAGAAUGGUGAGACGGCAGGAACGCCACCUCCAGAUGCGGAUGACUCUCAACCCAACCUGCCAGUGGAUCUGAUAAAAAUUGAAUCUUUCGGAGGUGACACAGAAGAAACGCCAACUCCAGAUGUGGAUGACUCUCAAUCCAACCUGCCAGUGGAACCUUUCGGAGCCAUGACCUCACAGCAGAUCGAGGACGAGAGCUGUACGCUUGCUGUCGAGACGGCCCCCGCUCUGUGGGCACAGGACGCCAUUCAAAACGGAGAAGCAGCCUUCACCUGCACACGCGAGUACGUGUCACUACCACCAACGGAGGGGUUCUCCUUCGAGUCGUCAGUGGCGAGCCGAAACGGGUCACCCCUGGCAGCCGUUGCACGAAGCCUGACCAUCGGACGUAGUGGCUCCAACAAUCCGGGUGUGUGGUUCGCCAUCGCCGAGCCCUCGUGGAAGAAUAAAAAUCUGUUGCCGGGACGCGUAGUCCAGAGACCUUACCACUGCGAUGUUUGCGGGCACUGCUUCUUGAAGCGCGAGCACCUGAAGAACCACCUGCGCACGCACGCGGGAGAGAAGCCUUACCGCUGCAUGGUGUGCGGCCAGACCUUCUCGCAGCAGGGCAACCUCAAGCGGCACCACCGCACGCACACGGGCGAGCGGCCGUACGGCUGCGAGGUGUGUGGCCGGGAAUUCUCGCGGUCCAUCAAUAUGAAGAUGCACAUGCGCACGCACACGGGUGAGAAUCCCUAACAGUGCGACGUGUGUGGACAAGCCUUCACGCACGGGUUCAGACUGCGCUUCCACCAGCGUACCCGCAGAGGGUCGGGCGCCACCACCGCCUGAGAAUGAAGAGUUUUGUUUAUGGUGCCGCAGACAUGUUCACAUGCUCCAGGCCAGAGCCCCGUUAUGAAUGACCCCUAUUGUAAUCAAAAAAGGUUUGGUGUAUGAGAGCAUUUGAGCACUGCUUUGUAUGGUCAUUGGUGCAGCCCUGCAAUUCCUUGCCAAUGCCAUUGUUGGUGGUAGGGAAUCUUAAUGGACAGCUCUAGACAUGUGCAGUCGUCUUGGAAGAGGUGGGAGUACCCACACUUUACAUCCACAUGUGUGCCACCAUUAAUGUCAGAUCAGGUAGAUGUCCCUUCUGAACCUGUUUGGGAGACCUUGCAGUCACCCUUAUUAUUUGGUCCAUCAAAUUGCCAAUGACUCGCUUGCCAUAUGCAAGGUUAUCACAGACCAGCACAAUGGACCCUCGUCCAAAAUAUGUAACCGACUUUUAGCUGGGAUGGGAUUGUAGUCCAGCACUGUAGCGUCGAUGAUUGGUAGACCGUACGAAGUUUGUGAAACUCCCUGUGGGCGUCGAGGCUUGCCAGGAGAAGGCGAUAGAGCAAAAUGUGUGCUCCACCUGUUUAUGGGGUAGAGCAGUGUUCUUCACUAAUUUUCAGAGGGGGGCCACUUCCACACCGCCAGCAUGGGGUGUUUUCACAUUGUCGGGGGCCGCACUAAAGGCCGCUAGUGGUUGCGGGCCUUGCAUUGAAGCUCACUGCGAUAGAGCGUUGCCUUUUUGCAUGUGGGUUUUUUUCUGGGAAAUAGUUUCCUCCCACGUGUUAAGACUUAAUUGACCGAUAACACCUUAACACAUGAAGACAAUCACAAAGCUUGGGAAUUUACUGGUGGCAACUCACCACCUAGCUGCCUUCGCCGCUUGUACUUGGGUCCUUUUCGCACCUGCGAGUCAUGCUCUCCGAAAGUGAGCGGAUCCUGUGCAGCACGUUACAAGUUGAAAUUAUAAAUUAUAUUAAUGUCAUUCGGUGGUGGUGCUAACCUAUUGGGGGGCCAGAUGCAGAAGUCUUAUUAGGGGGUGGGGAGUUGCAGAAAUAUAGAAAUGAGAGAUUAAAUGGCAUUUUUACGUAUAAUGGCUGGUUAGGUUUUUCUUGAUUUGAAUUUUAGCUGAAAUUGUAUCUAUCUUUAUGGUUUAAUGAAUCCAUGGUCCAUUGAGCUGCUUGGUACCCGAAGCCUUUGAUUGGUUUGCUCGUGCCUUCCAUUGGUUAUUGUUCCUCCGAGGGCAAUGGUGGUUUUAUGUAUUUGUAAUCGAGUUUAUAAUUGUAUGAAAUAAAAACAAUUUUAAUUACCGU